UUGUGGAUACUUUGAAAAUCGAUUAUGUUCUCGAUUAUCGAUAAUCAUAAUAGUAUCGAUUUUGAUGUGGUGCGUUUGUUCUGAUCUGUUUCUUUAAGACAUUUAUUAUAGAUACGAUUGGAAUCGCUGGAUGAUAGAGGUUAAUCGAAGAAAAUCUUCGUAAACGAAAUUUAAAAAUGUCUUCAAAGAAUUUAGAAUAUUCAAGAAAAUCAUAUAUUCCAAACAGCGACAUCUCGCGGCUUGAAUCAAAAUGACAAGAAAAGUUUUAACCAUGAUUACCCAAACGAAACUAAAGAUGUCGCUUAUCUUGAUUUUGAUGUUAAUUAUACGGCCUAGUGUUUCAAAUCAUAGAGAAGAGAUGGCGUUGGCGAACGUAACAAGAUUUGCAUCCGGGGAUUUAUUUUCACUCGUUGGUCCAGAGUGCGGGCUAACGAGAUGUAUGGAGGUAUCCCAUGGGACCGCGCUGGCCGCCAUGGGCGUCUCUGGCUGUUCCUGCCAGUGCGCACGCGACACGCCAGCUUUCCGGGAGGACCAGAGGAUUUGUGUCAACCAUAUUGACGAAUGCCAAAUGGCGAGUUACGGACGAGGCGCAACAAAACCGCAAAUUCCAUUCGUCUUUCUUCCACUCAAGGGACAAAUCGUAUAUCCAUCUAAGGAGAUUAUAUUCACAGACGUGGAGGAUGCUGUGUGCGCGGUAACCAGCGCCCAGUAUCUGUCGCCAUCGGGCUGGCUCGCCCUCAGAGACCUGGUGGACAACGACGUGCCCUUCGCUCUCUACAGGGACGAGGGCAGCACGUACCUGCAGUGGCGAGGGUCUUCAGCACUGCAUGGGCGGCUGGAGGGGCGGCUGGUAACGGUGCACGUGCUGUGCUCUGCGCCGGCGCCCGCGCGCCUCGCCGCCUCCUGCGCAGCAUUCAGAGUUGCCGGCGCCACGCACAACACUAUGCUAGACGUUCGCUCUAUACCUUUCCAUGCUGGUGAGAUAAUAAACACGGAGCAAGUGAACCAAAGUAAAGGUCUGAGCGUACUGGAAUCUUUAGCGAUCGGCGUGUGUGUACUCAUGCUUGUCUUCAUCUAUGCGGCUGGAAUUAUCUUCUAUAUACAUUACAAGCAGAAACAAAAACGCAAGGCAAUGGACCCGGAGUCAAACAGGUCUAGUACUGCCUCUACUGAAAAUAUCUCCACCAUUGAUAUGGAUAACGUGAGAUUGAAAAAGAAUCCGCUAUUAAAUUUUGACACGCGUAACGAUUUUUUAAAUGAUGCCGGCUUGUCUGACGUCAGUGAACGUACCGAAGAAACUGUGGAUUCCUCAACUAAUUAUCAGAAAUUUCAGAGUAUGAAUCCAAACAUUGUCUCUGCAAUGAUACAUAACCAUCGGAAGAAACCAUCUCGUCCGUCAUUACGUACGUCUACUCCGGAAAUACUAACAGAACGCUUGCAGCGGCGCUCCGCGUCGCCCGAAAUAGAAAGAGCUCCCCAAUCCGACUUGUCCAUCAUCGACUGCAGUGUGGAAACAAAUUCCAUGAGUCUCAACCAACCUACAAACGUGGAGCCAGUCAUAAGAAGAAAACUUUAUUUUAAUCCGGUAUUCUUUGAAGUUGAACAUCUUAAGAAUCCACCACCAGCAGCGAUCGAUUUUCUUAUAAAAAUUCGAGAAAUCAUGGCGAUCGCAAAGGAAAAGAUGUUGUCAAAGAGAUUUAUUCCCAUGCUAUCUGAUAUACCCGAAGAAGAUUUAUACCACACAUUAGACCUCGGCUGGGAUAUACCCUGCGCACGACGCGGGAGACGGUUUAGUGCAAUAAGCCUAAAGAGAGAAAAUAGUAGAAGGGCCGUACAUUGCGGCGGUUGUCCUGGAUGUGAUAGCAGCGAUAGUAAAUCUCAAAAAGCACCUGGAUUGAUCAGAUCUAACUCGUGUAAAACUUGCGUCAGCGACGACUACAAGCAAAGAAUAGUACAAAAGUGGCUAGACGAGGUUCCAUCGCCGCCACAGACAAUCAGACCUACAAAAUCAGUCGCUAAGGUCAGCGGAACUCCCAGAAUCGUUGAUACUAAAAAGAAAGAUGACUUCCAUGUCAGUCCAGUGAUACCAAUAAAACGGGAUGAACCACACAUAAAUAAACAAGAAACCAAGAAGCCAAUUGAAGUAAUCGCAAGAGAAAACUUAAAUAAUUUACGUGUUAAAGAAACUGUUGAUAUCAAACGAGAGUUAGAGAAACCGAAAACAAUACAGUCUAAUCAAGAUAAUCAAAAUGAGAAAAGGUUGACAUCGCCGUCUUCAAACAAGAAGCCACAAGAAAAGAGAAGCCCAUCGAGCAAUGCUACGAGACGAAUAGUCAGAAAGAAAUUACCACCUCCACCACCACCGCCAGUUAAUCCACAAGAGCCUGUUAUAACCGACAAAAAGGAGCCAGUCUUACCAGAAGUGAAAGUUAAAAUGGAAGCUGUAAUUAAGGAAUUAAACAAAUGUACAAGAUCAGAAGAAAGCGAAUUAGAAGAACUACAGAGACUGGCUAUAUUAGCUAGUGGACCUAAAAUAGUGAUACCGGUAAUUGCAGCUGAUUCACAAUAUUAUAGUGAUGACAACACGUUAUCUCGCGACCGCAAACCCCCUCAUUUGAGUGAAAUGUCUAUGGAAUAUGAUAGCUUAGACAGAAAUAUGUUAAAACGCCGAAGAUUCUCUCUUGACUUCGGGUCAGAAAUAAUACAAAAGCAACAGACCAUGCAUAAAAUUACAGACAUACCAAAAGAAAGAUUAUCUAGGAGCUGGCGUGAUAUAAAGAAAGCUGUAGACGCUAUUCCAAGUGAACACAUGAAUUCUUUAAUACCCAACAUUAGCACUUGUCGCGUUAAUGACUUAUUUGUCAAUCCCAUCGAACCGCUGUACAAUAAUAUUGAAACACCAGGUCCGCUAACUAUUGAAGUCCGUGGAUCGCCCGUGGAUACCAGACAAAAGAUCCACGAUGAUUUUGAUCCCGAUACUUUAGACAGGAAACCUAGGCGAGAAAUGAAGAAAUCUGUGGAGAAAAUUCUAUUAAAAUCAGGAGGAAGCUUUAAACAUAAAAUUAUUUCACAUAAUGGAAAUAAUGAUUCAGGAAGAGAAGGAGAAAGGCGGACGCCGCCAGAGGCUGUAUUUACCAGAAAGAUCGGCAGCCUAAGGCAAAUUUACGAAGCUAAAGCGAAAGCACAGCAAGAGCCACGAUUAUAUGAAAGGCGAGGUAGCUUACCUUACGCGAACCAUGAUAUAGCCAAAUUUAUUAAAUCUGUACGACCGUCAGACUUCCGUAAGCCUGAAUGUCAAAUUGAUCCAAAACCACCCAUACCACCCAAACAGCGGCGAGGCUCAGAGAAGUAUAGCCCUCCAAGUGAGAGACAACGAUCAGAGGAGAAAGAACGAGUCGCACAAUAUGUUAGAAACGAGAACUUGAACGCUCGUAGAUCUGGCCGUCGUUCUACGAGGACACGAUCGCGAAGAGUCGAUCUGAAGAAACUUUGUCGUACAGAAGACUCAGGCUACUUAAGUACGGAUUCCAACGAAUCAAAAUGUAGAGCCCGAUAUUUGAUGUUGAGGCCAAAAUUCUUACCACCAGAACCUGCCCCAAAACCAGUUCCUCCCGUAGUUAGGACAUUGGCACUACAAAUAGAAUCGGAUACGGAUGAAAUGGAAUCUUUAUGCGACGGUCGAAGCGAAUCGGGAGGUGAAAGCGUUGAGACUGAUUCUGUAUUCUUCGGUAAUUUCGAUGAGUCGAAGGAGAUGUAUACAGAAUUAGGAUUGUGUGUAACACGGGACAUGUUGGCAGCGAGUCAAGAUCAGAUAGACUCGGGCUUCGCUGGGGAGACGAACAUUACGUUAAGCGGCGACAGCGAUUCGGAACAUAGAAGUGUCAUAUCCAUUGUAACGGGUCGUGAUGGCCGUUCUUCUGUUGCAUCUAUGACUAAAUUAGAUGAUACGCCAUACGUACAUUCCGUCGAAUGUUAGUGUAAUUUUUAUUCUAUAAAGUUAAUAUAAGAUUAAUACU